UCCUAUCUGCCAAUUUGGUGUAUCUCUGCUGUUUGCAUUCUGCUGGGCCCUCACAGGAUGUGUUACAAAUGAAUCCACAGCUUUGCAGCUAGCUGGAAUUGACAGAUUCUAAGUGGGGAGGGGGGGAAGAGAAGGACUGGCCAUAAUGCCAGGUUCAGCAGCUGGUCUCCGGCAAGAGCGGCUGAAGAAGCCAGGCGUGAGGCCAAAUACACCUGUUCUGUUUACCAUUAAUGAGGAGGACGAGCAUCAAAAGAGCAACCAUUCCAAGAGAUCAAAAGUAUCUGAAAACUCUAAAGUACCAGAUAAAAAAGCUGUCUCAUCCAGCCGGCCCUCUUCUGCCCUUUUUGGACAGGGUGCUAAUUCUGCAGGAGCCAAGACAGCACUAAAAGUUGAUGAAAGACAACGACUGGCCAGAGAACGAAGAGUAGAACAGGAAAAGCUUUUAGCAGCGAGAGAAGCUGCUUGGCUAGAAAAAGAAGAGAAAGCAAGGCAAUAUUACGAAAAACAUCUGGAGGAACGUAAAAAGAAAUUAGAAGAACAGAGGCUAAAGGAAGAAAGAAGGCGAGUUGCAGUAGAAGAAAAACGGAAGCAGCGAAUAGAGGAGGACAAGGAACGACAUGAAGCUGUUGUACGCCGCACAAUUGAGAGGAGCCAGAAACCAAAAGAAAAGCAAAACAGGUGGUCCUGGGGAACUACGCUUCAUCGUAGUAGCAGCGUUAAUAAUGCAGGUUAUUUUGUUGAAUCAUCCUUCACCCUUCUCGAUUUAGCAGGCUUGGAGUACCACUUCAAACCUCUGGGUGGUGCUAGAAAACUCGAUCCAGACAGGCGAUCUGUUUCAACAAUGAACCUUUCGAAACAUGUUGAUCCAGUCAUUAACAAGCGGCUCUCCUCCUCAUCUGCAACAUUACUAAAUUCUCCAGACAGAGCUCGACGUAUGCAGCUAAGUCCAUGGGAAAGCAACAUGGUUAGCAGGCUUCUGACCCCAACUCAUUCAUUCUUAGCCAGGAGUAAAAGUGCAGCAACUUUAUCUGGAGAUGCAGCAUCUUGCAGCCCAAUCAGCCCUCUCUCCUUCAAGACCCUAAGUUGCCACAGUCCAGCAGACCGAGCAAAACUGUUUGGCACAGCCCCUGAGGUUAGACGGCGAAGGACCACACAUUCAGCUGGGAGUAGCAGAAAAGGAAAGGAAAGAGGACUCUCAUCAACUAAUCCUUCAUCUGCUAAAAGAAGAACUCGUUCACCAUCUGCCUUCAGAAAUAAACCAGCUGCUUGGCAUGCCUCCAGAUCAAUGCCUGCCCUGCCAGGAACACCCAGAAAGAUCAUUUUGCUAUCUGGAUCUUCCAAAACACCUUCCAUUCAAGCUCGCCCUCCUUCCCCUGGCAACAUUCGUCCAACAAAACAUGGGAAAAAGGGGACUACGAAGGAAUCUGAGAAGAUAAUGGAACAAAAGUCAGACCCUAAAAAAACAGCUUCAAAUCCCAGAGUAGCUACAAGUGAAGAGUCUUGUAAACCAGAGUUUACUCAAAGGCCUGUUCCAGUUCUGCCCUCUGUUCCUUCAGCAGCUUCACCAUCUCCCAUCUGUAGCAAAUCUUCAGCAGGGACAAUAGAUCCAGAAGAAGCAACCCGGUUGCUUAGUGAAAAAAGGCGGCUCGCCCGGGAGCAACGAGAACGGGACGAGCAGCAAAGAAAGGAGCAGGAAGAGAUUGAAAGACAAAAGAAGGAGGCCUUGGCGCAGAAGAUCUCUGAGGAAAGAGCCCGCCGAGAGGAGGAAGCUCAGAAGCAGGAGGCAGAAAGGAAGCAAAAAGAAGCAGAACAGGAGCAGGAGAAGGAGGAAGAGCUACGCCGCUUGGCUGAAGAAAAGGAGGAGAAAGAAAGGAGGGAAAUGGAACUCCUUCAGAAGCAGAAGGAAGAGGAAACUCGGUUACGAGAAGACCAGAUUCGACUGGAGCGUGAAAAACAUUUUCAGAGGGAAGAACAAGAACGCUUUGAAAGAAAGAAGCGUCUUGAGGAAAUUAUGAAAAGAACUAGGCGAUCAGAACCUGUGGAAAGAAAAUCAGAUGAGCAGCAGAAUGGAGUGAUAGCAAAAGAAAUAGUGAGCGGCUCUACACCUCCGUUAAGCCCUGUAAUGGGUUCUCAGGUUCAGUGUAUGGCAGAAACUCCACGCAAUGGGGAAAUGGUACUUCUCACACCUGUGCUCAUUUCUCACCAGCCCAGAGUAAAUUUAGACAGUAAUCUCAACCCACAAAAACAUUCAAAUGAAAAUGGAGUAUCUACGCAGGAUGAAAACUUUGAAGAGCUCAUCAGUUUACCCAUGGGAAUAAAACCUCCAAGAUUGGAUGCCAUGAGUCCUGAAGAGGAAGAUAGCUCUGAUAUUCCUUUGACUCCCAUCUUGGCCUUUGAAGAGAAUGGGGCACUUGGGUCAUUGCCUCAGGUAGACAAUGUUCAAACACCUCAGACAGCAGAAGUUGUCUAAGAUCUCCUCAUGAAUUAUCAAAGGCGAAGAAAAAGCCUUCUCAAGCCAAUGGGAUUCCUUCCAUGUAUGAAGGAGUGUUAUAUUUUUUUUGUCACUCUCGAAUUUUCUAAAGAUUUCUUGGAUGCUUUCUUUCUUUUUUUUUU